AGCAAUAUUAGUGUUAAGUGUUUUAUUUCUGUCUUUUCGUCUUCCUUAAGAUUAAAAUGAAAAGCAUCGAUUAAGUACUGUGAUAAAGAAACAGAGAGAAAUUUUUGAUUAUUUUGUUAUUGUUGAAAUAUCUACGCGUGUUACUGUUGCCAAAUUAAUGUGUUGUUUGAAAAAUGUCGUCACAAGAGUCAACGAUGACGAAGAAUUUUUUGACCGUCACAAAUAUUGUCAAUGAAGGCAUCAAGGGGAGCAAAAUCACCAAACUGGGACUUUCCAAAUAUCUGUCACAAUCACUGGCACAACUCGAAACCACAUCAACAAGUUCACCACAAGCCAAAUCGCCGGCCGGCAGCAGCGCCGGAGCCGUCGCCAGUGCAUCCACUGCGCAGGGAGAACGUACCCCAACUGUCCACAAUAAACAACUCCAGAAUGUCAAGGGACAGGAACAUCCAGCGCAUCCAUCUAUGGCGUUCCUGCAGAAUCGCUCUAUAUCCCUGGUCGACAUGUAUAUCGAUAACACGGAGCCCUCAGAGAAUGUGGGGCAGAUUCACUUCUCGCUGGAGUACGACUUUCAGAAUACAACCCUGAUUCUGAAGAUUAUACAGGGUAAGGAGCUCCCUGCCAAGGACCUCAGCGGCACAUCCGAUCCCUACGUGCGUGUAACCCUCCUACCUGACAAGAAACAUCGCUUGGAGACAAAGAUCAAACGCCGUACCCUCAACCCGCGAUGGAAUGAAACGUUCUACUUCGAGGGAUUUCCAAUACAGAAGCUGCAAGCCAGGGUUUUACACUUACACGUGUUCGACUACGAUCGCUUCUCUCGGGAUGACUCCAUUGGUGAGGUCUUCCUUCCUCUUUGUCAGGUUGACUUCAGCGAAAAGCCUUCUUUCUGGAAGGCGCUAAAACCUCCAGCCAAAGACAAGUGUGGUGAGCUGUUGACAUCUUUGUGUUACCAUCCCAGCAACAGUGUCCUGACUCUAACACUGCUGAAAGCUCGUAACCUGAAGGCAAAGGACAUCAAUGGAAAAUCUGACCCGUACGUGAAGGUGUGGCUCCAAUUCGGGGACAAGCGUAUAGAGAAACGCAAAACUGCAGUAUUUAAAUGCACACUUAACCCAGUGUUCAACGACUCCUUCUCCUUCAACGUACCCUGGGAGAAGAUCAGGGAAUGUUCUCUGGACGUCCAGGUUAUGGACUUCGAUAAUAUCGGCAGAAAUGAGUUGAUUGGGCGAAUAUUGUUAGCUGGAAAAAACGGUUCUGGAGCGACAGAAACAAAACAUUGGCAGGAUAUGAUCACGAAGCCACGACAAACCAUAGUGCAGUGGCAUCGCUUGAAACCAGAAUAAAUUGUUAAAAUUUU